AUGAGCAUCUGGACCUCAGGCACUGACAUCUUCCGCCGUCUUUGGGUGAUGUAUGUGUCUCCGAGAAGCACUGGCUGGCUGGGCUUGAUCCAACAUCUGGGAGUCUGCUGUGUCGUUGCUUCCAUUUCAUCAGGCCUCCUUGCUGUGGCCCUCCACUGGUUUCUGUCCCCAGUCAUCAUCUUCACCCUCUCCUGGACGGUUACCUGUGCUCUGCUGUGCUUCUCCAAGAAUGCACGGUGCUUCCUUCUGCUCUUCUUCCUCUCCUGUGGCCUGCGGGAAGGCAGAAAAGCUUUGAUGGCUGCUGGCAUGGGGAUGGUCAUCCUUGGACACGUGGAAAAUAUUUUUAACAACUUUAGAGGUCUCCUGGACAGUAUGACUUGCAACUUAAAGGCCAAGAGUCUCUCUAUAUAUUUUCCACUUUUGCAAGGAUAUAUUGAAGCCAUUCAGUGGCUGCAUGGUCUUACCAUGCACCUGAAUCUAUUUGCUGACCUUGUUUCUUGGAAGCAUUGGCUGGAUGUCUCUCUCUCCAGUCCCACUCAGGCCCUGGAGACACAGCUCAACGACACCAGAGGCAGGGUCCUGGGAGCCCUGUGCCAGAUGCUGACCACCACGGAGGUGCUCUGCGCCGUGGGCUGGCAGCUUCUCAGCCUCAUGGGCCUUCUGCUGCUCCUGCUCAGCACUGGCCUCUUCAUGGAGCGGUUUUUGAACCCUUGCAGUUUGAAGUUUGAAACCAUCUAUAUCACCAGAAAAUUUAUCCAGUAUGAUGACAGGGAGAGGCAGGGAGAGAGGCCCUGUGUCCUCCCACUGACCAAGAGGGAAAGGAAGAAAUAUGUUAUCAUCCCGUCUUUCUGGCUGACUCCUAAAGAAAGGAAAAACCUGGGGCUCUUUUUUUUCCCCAUCCUAGCGCAUCUAGGCAUCUGGGUGCUGUUUGCGGCCAUUGAUUACCUGCUGUAUCGACUUAUUUUCUCAGUGAGCCAACAUUUCCAAAGAUUGCCGGGGCUGGAGGUUCACCUGAAGCUGCACAGAGAGGAACAAGGAACUUCAGACAUCAUCCAUGAUUCUUCCUUCAAUAUAUCUCUGUUUGAAUACAACUGUCUCCCUAAACCAAAACUCCUUCUGUCUAAGACCUGGAUUCCUCUCGGCAUCAUUCUUGUGGUGUUAGUGGUGCUAGGGCUGUUGUCCUCUAUCCUGACACAACUUAAAAUCCUGGUGUUGGCAUCCUUCUACCCAAGUGUGGAGAGGAAGCGUGUCGAAGACCUGCAUGUGAAGCUGCUGAAGAAACGAGCAAAGUGGCCAGUGGGAAAAGCAAAGCCGAAUCUGUAUUUUACCAAGAUUCACUUUUGGCUUCCAGUCCUAAAAAUGAUUAGGAAAAAACAAACGGAUAUGACAAGUGGAGACCAUUCCUGA